GAUGAAACCCAAUCCACAAAUUGAAGUACUAAAAUAAACAAGGUUAAAUCCACGUUAGAGUUCUAAUUUCCACACAAUUUUUUCUUAUCCCCAAUCUCUUUAACUACUAAACCCGUCAUGAAAACCACCAUCUCACACUCUUCAAGUUUGGAGUUUCAGAGACUGAAGUAUGGCUUUAACAGCAAACUCUAUCUGUUUGUCUCAUGAGGAAAGUAUUAGUUGUUGCUUCAAAUCGGGACUUUCGACAAGUGACAAAAGAUUUCAUUGGAGGAGAGAAUUUCAUUCUCAAAAUGUAGUUGUGUGUAAAAUCUUCCCCAAAAGUAGAAAAUCAAGAUAUGUUAAGUUGAUGAGUACUCACAGGAAGAAUCACCAGUUGCUCGAGCUAAGCAGCUCGCGUGUCUCUAGCUGGACGAACAAGUUUUUCUCGGUGUGUAGCAGGGGCUCGAGUAUAACUAAGGUUAAAGAAUUGUUUGAUUUCUUGAUGAUGGGUAUGUCAAAUAGUCGCCAAUUCCAGCACUUGGAAGUUGCCGCCUUAGUGGCAUGUGCAUUGAUAAUCAUUCCAUCAGCUGAUGCUGUCGAUGCUCUCAAAACUUGCACUUGUUUAUUGAAGGAGUGCAGGCUAGAAUUGGCCAAGUGUAUUGCAAAUCCAGCAUGUGCAGCCAAUGUUGCUUGCCUUCAGACCUGCAAUAACCGCCCUGACGAGACUGAAUGUCAGAUCAAAUGUGGGGACUUGUUUGAGAACUCUGUUGUUGAUCAGUUCAAUGAAUGUGCAGUCUCAAGAAAGAAGUGUGUACCUCAGAAGUCUGAUGUUGGGGAGUUUCCCGUCCCUGACCCUGCUGCUCUUGUCAAAAACUUUAACAUUUCGGAUGUCACUGGGAAGUGGUUCAUUACAAGUGGCCUAAAUCCUACCUUUGAUGUCUUUGAUUGCCAGUUACAUGAAUUCCAUAUGGAAUCUAACAAACUUGUCGGAAAUCUGACAUGGAGAAUCCGAACUCCAGAUAGUGGCUUUUUCACUCGAACAGCUGUGCAGAAGUUUGUUCAAGAUCCUGAGAAUCCUGGAAUACUCUACAAUCACGACAACGAGUUUCUUCAUUAUCAAGAUGAUUGGUAUAUUUUGUCAUCCAAGAUAGAGAAUAGCGCUGAUGAUUACAUAUUCGUGUACUAUCGCGGCAGAAAUGAUGCGUGGGAUGGAUACGGCGGCGCUGUAAUAUACACAAGAAGUUCUGUUUUGCCGGAAAGCAUUAUACCUGAGCUGGAAAGAGCGGCUAAAAGCGUCGGGCGAGAUUUCAACACGUUCAUCAGGACAGACAAUACUUGUGGACCUGAGCCUCCGCUUGUUGAGAGAAUCGAGAAGACAGUAGAGGAAGGGGAGAAAACCAUUAUACGCGAGGUAGAAGAAAUCGAAGAGGAGGUAGAGAAGAUUGAAAAAACGGAAUUGAGCUUGCUUGAGAGAUUGGCAGAAGGGUUAAAAGAGCUCCAGCAAGAUGAGCAAUAUAUCCUGAGAGAGCUAAGUAAAGAAGAAAAAGAAAUAUUGGAUGGACUGCAAUUGGAAGCAAGUGAGGUAGAAAAACUCUUCGGACAAGCAUUGCCAAUCAGGAAAUUAAGAUAGAAUUCAUCCUAAAGCUUGUAAAUCUUCUAUUUUUUGACAGUGUGAUCGUAUUAUACUUUUCCAAAAUCUCCAUAAAAGAGCUUCAAUUUUUCACUAGA